UUCUUCAUACUAGUCUCAUUUUCUAGCUCUUCCUUGGAUUCCCAUUGAUAGAAAAUGAAUGUUUGCGUUUGAAUGAGCUUUAUGUAUGGUUGGUCUGUUAUGUUAUUUUCUGGUUAAGAAGUAAAAAUCAGUACAUGAAGGAUUAGAUUAUUUGAAGAAGUUUAGAUGGGGCUUGAUGCAAAAAAUACUCGAGUUUGUAUAUGUAAAACCCUUAAAUUUUGUUCAUACACUUGUGUGUUUAUAAGAAACAAUCCAUUUAUUUUGGGUGUUUCUCUGUUCGUCUUCCUUGUAUAUAAAUACUUUCCUUCAGUUUUCAGUGUUUUGAUUUACUCUUCGCCUGUUCUUGCCUGCACAAUAGUUCUUAUUAAAUUUCUUUUGUGUUUGGAACCCUUCAAAGACCAAAAUUCAAAGAGGAAUGAGUCUGUGUCUGUUCAAGAUGAUGAUGCCAAAAGAAAUGAGAAAUCCUCAUUGCACACACAGACAAGUAAACGACGAAAUGAAUGGGAUAACGAUAAUUUGAUUGGUAGAAGUGUUCCCAGAGGGGGAAAGCUAAAUGAAAUUCAGGAGGGGAAAGGGGAAUCUAGUUUGGAUGGAGGAGACAGCUCCUCUCUCAGUAGUUAUGAUGCAGAAAAAGUCCAGAGAGUUGAUGAGAAGCCUGAUUCUGAAUGGGGUAAUGGCUUUGAUGAGCGGUGUCGCAAGUUUAACGAUGGUGGCGGCAGUGAGUUGGAGGCUGAAAGUCCAGAAGAAGCAGAAGAUGAAGAUGAAGGACAUGAAUAUGGGCAUAAGGCUGUUGAGUGGACAGAGGAUGAUCAGAAGAAUCUCAUGGAUCUUGGGACUUCCGAGAUAGAAAGGAACAAAAGGCUAGAGAGUUUGAUUGCAAAAAGAAGAGCGAGGAAAUUAAUGAAAAUGCGGGUUGAGAAGGAUCUGAUUGACUUAAACAGCAGAGAGCAAGUGGGUCAAAUUGCUCCCAUUUUGAUUGCAAGAAACAACCUUUUGCAUCUUCCCAAUGAUUUGGGCGAGGCUGAAGAUUUACCUGUUCCUGGCUCAGCUCCCUCUGUACUGUUACCUGGACGGAACCCAUUUGACCUUCCCUACGACCCGCAAGAAGAAAAGCCAAAUCUCCUGGGAGAUAGCUUCCAACAAGAAUUCACGAUGCCUCACCAAAAGGAAAUGUUCUUCUGCAGGCAUGAGAGCUUCACUUUAGGGUCCUUUUACUCGGGUGAAAACAAGCAAGAACCACACAGCUCUAAGCGGUGUCCUGAUUUUAUUGGUACCAAGACACGGGCAUUGGAGGGAUCAGGAUUCUCCAGAUUUAAAUGGUCACCAAAUAAUGAGGAUAAAGAAAAGAUUUUUGAAGAAAAGUCAUCCCAACAUGAUGAAUCCAAGUCCCAUAUUGAAAGUGAUCAACAAGGUGGCGAAGUUCCCAAGCCAGCUGUAGACUCGGUAGGAACCUUCCAUGAAAAGGAUAGAGAAACUGACCUCAGCAUGAUCAAGACUGAAGGGAAGGACGAAGCAAAUACCAGUGAUAUGGAGUCAGAGCCAUCUGAGAGAAAUGAUAUUCCCAUGAAACCAGAAUCAGUUGAAGACAAAAAUGAUGAGUCAAGCUCAUCAUCUUUGUCAGAAGCGAAAGAGCACAGUGGUCAAGAAAAUGAAGUUUCACCCCAUUCCAACCCUUCUCCAAAUGAUGGAGACAUGAACAAGGAAGUCACUUCUGGCAGUGAAGAAACAUGGGUGGCCUCAUCUCAUCUGUCUGGUGUAGAGGAAAACGAAUCAAGCUUGAGAAAAGUUAAUGAGAUCAAUGAAGAGGAUAUUAUUAUACAAGUAGGAUUCUCAGGAGUUGACCAGGAUUCUGAAGACUCCAUUCCCUUGGCUGUGCAUCCUGGACAGGGAGCAUCUAGUCCUACCGAGAAGUCUGCCAGGGAGGCAAGCAGCAUUUACAAUGUGAGUGAUCCAGCACUGCAUGCAAGUGAUGGCAUGGAAGACCUAAAGUCCAUCAAAGGCAUAGAUGAUGAACCCCUGGCUGACAAAACUAAUCCAAAAUCCAUUGCAAAUAUUGAAGAUGAACCUGAAAAGCUGGCUGUUGAGGAAAAUGAUAAUUCAACAACUAUUGAAGAUCUUGUGCAAAAGCCUGGAAAAUUAACUACACAGGAGAGCAAUGUCGAGGAGGCAGAGCCAAUUGAGGACAAGGACAACUUGAAAUCAAUUCAAGAUAGUGAAGGUGACCAAGGAAAUGUAGAAGCUGGAUCUUUUGGUGGUGACCAGAGUUCCGAUGCUUUUUCUUCAUCAGCUCUGGAGCCAGAAAGGGUGUUCAACCAGGGAUCUGGUGAUCUCAUUGCAUCAGCUGUGCAGCCAGAAUCGGCAGUCGAACAAAUUUCUAACAAUUCAAGUUUAUCCUCAUCUCCAAAGUCUGUAUUACCAGAAAAGGUCCCAGUGGAUCAAGUUUCUUCAUGGAGUUUUAAUCCAGAGGUACAUGUAACUGUCCAACAAACUGACAUGGAGGAUAAUUCAUUGCAUGAAUUGCUGCCUCAAAAUUUUAGUCUGACUAUGCCUCCAAAUGCCCAGCAUUUGAUGGAGGAUUCAGUUGCUCACUCACCUAAUAAUAGUGAUUAUGAAGGGCAGCAGGAACCAUCCAAUCCUUCAGAGAAAACUUCAGGAGCCAACAUAAGCUACAACAUCAAUGAAUCUGUAGUCCAUGACAAGGAAGGCGAGGAGAAAAAAUCUAUUGAAGACAAUGAAGGCAAAUCACAAUCAGUGACAUCAAUCAGUCAAGAGGCUGCUGCAGAAUCUUCAAGAUCAGAUGAGGAAAUAAGUUCCAAAUCUAUUGAAGAUAAUGAAGAUGGGAUGGAAAGAACUUCUGCACAUGGAACCAAUAUUGGUCCAUCAUAUGAUUCAUAUCCAGCUGAGGAAAAUGCUAAUUCAGACAUACCUGCAACCAUGGCAAACGAAAAGGAGCUAUCCAAUCUUCCAAUGAAGUCCACUGAAGAAGUCAAUAUCAUUCACAACUUGAACAGGUUAGAGGUCAGUGGGAAUGCAACAUUAGCAAGUGAGGAGGGAGACAAGGCUCUAGAGGGAGUGCCCAAACCACAUGAGACAACUAGUUCUAGGUUUAUCACAGAUAUUGAAGCUGAAUCCAAUACAGUGACUGAAGACGAAGCUAUUAAUGGCGCAACAAAAGCUAUGGGGGAGAAUGAGAAUUCAAUCUCAACUCCAGAUACUGAAGAUUUUACAACAUCAAUGGAACAUGGGGUCAUUAUAUUCCCGAAAAAAACAGACGACGCCAAAGAUAAUUCAGAAUCCAUUACAGAUGUUGAGGGUGACUCCAAAAAUUCGAUGGGAUAUGAAGCUACCAUUUGCUCACCAGAACCAGGAAACCUGAAUGACAAUUGGAACAUCCCCAUAACUGUUCCAGAAGGAGAGGAACUAUCAGAUCUUCCUCCAGAGAAGUCUAUGGAAGAAGCCAACAUCAUUCUGAGUGAGAAUGAAGCAGAAGCAGGUCAGAUGGACAUAAAACAAACUUCAGAAUCUGUUGGAGACGGUGAAGGUGAUUACCAAAGUUCCAUCAGACAAUUUGCUGUUGUUGAACCAUCUGAAACUACUGAGGUAACUAAUCCAGUAACCACCCAAGAUACUGAAGGAAAAUCUGGAAACUUGAUACAUGAUAAUAAUGUUAUGGACACACCAGAGCCAGUUGAGGACAAUGCUACUUUAGACACGAAUGGAGAUGUCAAGGAAAACAAAGGUGAAACUGCAGAUUUGAGUCAAGAUGAUAUUGGAACAAACAAAUAGGUCAACCACAAUAUUGUGUGGAACUCUCAAAAUCAGGGAUUUCUCCAACAACAUGAAAUGACUUACGUAAGGAAGUCUUGAAGCCAUCCAAUUAGAAGAAUAUAGUUCUUUACUGUGCCCAUAUAAGGGAAGAUGAAAAGCCCAUCUUUCUUGCUUUGGGGUGAAUUACAACAGAAGAAGUGGAACAUAAGUUCAAGGUGACUAGCCUAGAGUACAUUUUUGGAUAGAGUGGUCUACAGAACUGCUGAGCUAAGGAGCAACAUUUUUCAAUCCGGCAAACAGCUGGACAAUGAGCAUCAGGGAUUCUCGGUUUUGGUUUGUGAAUGGUAGCCAGAGAGCUUUACACUAUUGGAUGGUGGGUUGAACAGCAGUUUGAAGAGUUCAUUUUCCCUGUUUACCUUUUUUGUUCUUUGAUAUAUCACUUUGUCUAUAGUAGGAAAAAGAAAAUUCGGCAUUGUUAUCCAAAGGCUCCUUCUGAAAAUGAUAUCGUUUAGAGGAAGGAGGGUGGAUAUACCAUGUCUAAACUGUAAAUGUGAUGUUGUGUGCUAUGUAAUCAAAGUAUUUGCAUAAUAAGAGAUGAAAUUGAGGUGUAUCA